CAUAAAUGUUGCGCCUGAAGUUUCGUCAACCGAGGAUGUCGAGAGCCCAACAACCCGACCCAAAGCGUACCAAAUGGUGCAACCUAUGAAGGCUGCGCUUUACUUUGAGAACGCGGACGGGUUCGGAGAGUGGCGAAUCCUCAUGUCUACGGAAGCCUACAAAAAUUUGCGUGAAUUACGUAAAUCAGAAAAGAAGAUAUUCAAGAUCAUCGUCGGGAAGAUCAAACAACUAUCGAAUGGUUAUUUCUCAGAUGAUAAUCACAAGCGACUUAACGGACCAGAUGCAGGCAUACCCAUCUACGAUGCCAAGAUGACAAAGGACCUACGAUUAGUUUACCAGAUUGAUUGUGUCCCUGACCAGGAUGGAAAGGUACGUCUAAUCAAGGUAUACGGCAUUUAUACGCAUGCACAACUUGACAAUAUAUGGGAUGCCUUGGGUAGCCAUCUCGCAAGCAAGGGCAGAGAAUAUCGUAGAAGGUGUAUCUUUCGGAAUAGACCUGUCCUUUCUAAAGACAGCGUGAUUCUGCUGCCUGCAUCAUUCCCAUCAGCUGAACCCGAGCCAGAAUGCUCAGGAAGCCCACUUAAUCUUAGUAAUAAGGACAUGGACCGAGUUGAGUACUUUCAGUUGUCAUUUGUACAGUCAUUGAUCCAUGGUCUUAUCGCAAACCAAGACGUACAACACGUCUUUAUACUCAAACCUCAAGAACAAGAGAUUGUCGAGUGUACCACGUCAUGUUAUGUCUUGGGUCGCAGCGGCACGGGAAAAACCACGACGAUGCUGUUCAAGAUCCUCGGUAUUCAGCGAGCUUGGGAGAUGAGUGCCGCCGACAUGCCGAAGCCACGCCAAAUCUUCGUCACCAAAUCCAGAGUACUCGCUAAGAAAGUGGAAGAGUAUUUUACGAAGCUUCUCGAAUCUCUGGCAUUGGCAGGCUAUACCCUGGAGGAACUUGCAAAAAUGAAGGCACGAAGUGUCCAGGAGGGCCUUGUUGAUCCCGACGACCUGCCCGAAUCACAGAUGAAUAUACCGAUGAGAUACAGCGGACUUAAGGAUAAGCACUUUCCUCUUUUUCUAACUUUCGAUCGACUGGCGAAAAUGAUCGCGGCAGAUAUCUUGGACAAGAAAGAUAGCGCAGGAGCUUUCUUCAAUGUUGACAAUGCCGAUGCGCAUGACUGCUUCGUCACCUAUAACGUAUUCGCAAAUCAAUACUGGCCUCAUUUUCCACAGAAUCUCAGCAAGAAUCUUAAUCCGUGGUUGGUUUUUAGCGAAUUCAUGGGGAUCAUCAAAGGCUCCGAACACGCACUGACCUGUCCUGAAGGAAUUCUCGAUCGCCCAACCUACCUCCUUCUUCCUCAUCGUUCUAACCCAAAUUUUGCGAAUAAGAGGGGAAUUCUGUACGACAUGUUCGAAUUUUAUACGAAAAUGAAGAGGCAGCGACGUCAUCAUGACGUUGCAGACCGCACGCAUGCAAUACUCAAGGCCUUCCGCAGCAAGAAGUUACCUGUCCAACAGAUCGAUUAUCUGUAUGUUGACGAAGCACAAGACAACCUUCUGAUCGACGCACUCCUUCUGAGGCAAUUAUGCAAGAAUCCAGACGGAUUGUUCUGGGCUGGGGACACCGCACAGACAAUCUCUGCAGGGAGUUCCUUCAGGUUUGAUGAUCUGAAAGCGUUUCUCUACCGUGUUGAGCAGCAGCAAAAUAUUUCGGUCAAUUCCGUUGGAGCAUGUCUUCGUCAGCCUGCGAUGUUUCAAUUGGCGAUCAACUACAGAUCGCACGGUGGAAUCGUCAACUGCGCAAGUUCUGUGAUCGAACUCAUCACAAAAUUUUGGCCCAACACAAUCGAUAACCUUCAGCCAGAAAGGGGGGUGGUUGACGGGCUAAAGCCUGUAUUUUUAACUGGUUGGGAUAAAGACACUGUUCGUUAUGAACAGUUCUUGUUCGGGGAGAGCGGUAGCCAUAUUGAGUUCGGAGCCCAGCAAUGCAUUCUCGUGCGUGACGAUGCUGCACGUCAGAAGUUACAAGACCAAGUUGGUGAAAUUGCACUAAUUAUGACGCUUUAUGAGAGCAAAGGCCUAGAAUUCAAUGACGUGCUGUUGUACAACUUUUUCGAGGAUUCUGCUGUAGAUUUAUCACGAUGGAGCAUAGUUCUCAAUGGGGUAGACGGUCAAGGAUAUGCACCGAACUUUGAACGAGACGAGGCGCGAUACGCUGGGGUUUGUAGCGAGCUCAAACUUCUGUAUGUGGGAAUCACUCGAGCAAGGAAGAACAUAUGGAUCGUUGACAGAUCUGACAAAUCAGAGCCGAUGCGUGUAUUCUGGACGUCUCGUAACCAGAUCGAUAAUUGUACCCCCGGCACCGAUGUCCCUCAUCUAGCCGUCUCAUCGACUCCGGAAGAAUGGGCAUCCUUCGGGCACUCGCUAUUCUUGGACAAGCACUACUCGCAGGCUAUCUACUGCUUCAAACGUGCUAAUCUUCGUCAUGAAGUGAAGGUUUGUGAAGCACAUCAACUGCGAGAAGUCGCACGUUCCAGCGUCGACCAAAAAAAGGCUUUUAACGUGGCUGCCGAUUCCUUUACUGAUUGCGCGGCGACCGCGCCAGAAAAUCAGAAGCUCCAAUACUAUCGUAACUCGGCAGAUUGCUACGUUCGAGCAGGAGAUGAUCUUAAAGCUGCUAAGGCCUAUCUCAAUGCUCAAGAGUUUGAGCAAGCAGCGAAGAGAUUUCGCAAGGCUGGACGGUUUAACAAGACCCUCCAUGUCCUCAAUGACCAUGGCACGGAUAUACCUGAAGAGACCAAGGCGGAGUUAUGGACUGUGUGCAGGCUGUAUUACUGCAGCAGGAACACUCGGGCUCCCUUGCCCCUCUUCCCAACAUUUGAAGAGCAACUCGAAUUUCUGGAGGACUAUGAUCUCGAUUACGCUCGUGCCUCGCUGCUUGAAUCUCACUCGAGGUACUAUGAGGCCGCAGAGCUUCAUUUGUCAGAGAACAGGCCCUUGGAAGCUGUUCGGGCAUUCAUCAAGGACGACAGCAAGGACGAUUCUACUAGCCGUGCGGCCGAUACUAUAUUGGAAUACUUUUGGCGCAAAUGCUCCUUUAGAACCACUGCAAAAUCCGUUGCUGAUGAGCCAAUGCAACAUUUCAUUGCUCUUGCUGAUGAGCUGGAGACGAGCAUACUAACGCCGGCCACGCGUGAUCUAAUGUCGAUGUUUCAGAACAUCUUGCGCGGAAAUCAUGAGCCGUUGAGAAAUCUUGCGCUUAACUUCUAUAAACAGGAUAACAAGCCAGCAGCUCUCCUUUGCCUGGACCAUAUAUUCUCUCGAACCACAGAUAUUCGAGCUUUCACGGUCGAUGAAAUGCAACGGUUUCUUCAACAAUUUCACGCCUAUGCGCGGCUGCUCUAUCUUAUUUUGACCUUCCCUGACCCCAUGGAGCAUAGGGGUAUUCAGAGACUAUUCUCCAUCGUGCGGUUGUCCGGUGACCAGUUUCUCAUACCAGAUGGAACGUUCCUCCACAACAACUUAAUGGAAAUCCGCCAGGGGAUCACUUGGGUAUCGGAACACUCGUCCGGGUACACAGCUUCUCGUAGAGUCGUCACCCAGCUGCUGCAACAAUCCAUUCGAACCAUCUUGAAAGAGAAAAUAUUGGAGAUCGAUGAUAUGUGCUGCAAAUCUCCCGUUUUCUCGCAAUGCCUGCAAUUCUUGAUAUCCGGAGUAUGUCGAAGAGAUAACUGUCCCCAAGAGCAUGUCACAGUAUCGAAAUUGGAUCACCAGUAUUACAACAACCGUGUUGCCAUCCACAUCUGGCAGAUCCUGAUCUUGCAAUUCAUGUAUUCCGCUCACCCAUACAUUGAGCGACGCAAAAGCAUGCGGAAUUGGCUCAAGCAUCUUUACGAGGCUAUCAAUCCACCCUUCUUCAUUCAAGGUUCCCCCGCGGAACUUGAUAUGAACAUGAUGCCUCUUCGUCCAGAUAGCAUGAAGGUGGUGAAGCUCUGGAUCCGCGAAUCCUUCUACUCGCUCGACCCAUUCCAUACCCAGGCUGAAUUUUUGACGGCAUUGAUGAGAAUAACCAGUCUAAGUUUUGCUUUUGACAGGAAUGACGCACCUGUCUACAUCCGUCAAGCAAAGUGUACGAUCUCCGGACCGUUGGAACUCUUUCGCAAGGGGGACAAUCGCUAUAUGGUUCAGGACCUGCUUAGUUCUUACCAAGGAGCGACCCGCAGCAGCAUCUCAUCGGGGAUUCUGUAUCUUUUGCAUGUUCUCGACAAUCGUGUAUGUGUCAACCUCUCCGUGUUGUGCGACUGUAUCGAGGACGUCUGCGGCGCUUUUGUAAUCAAGUACCGAAUGGACCCCGACUAUAACAGGUUUCCCCUUCAUGACACCGUCCUUCCAUGUAGCUGGCUACUGUUUCCCCACAAAUUCACUACGGAGAAAGAAACUAAGCUGCCGUUGAUGGACAAGCUUCUGGAUGGGAUAGCGAGGGUAGUGGAAGCAUUGCGCGUAGAAGCCGGCAUGGAUUUCCUUUGGCUGAACCAUACGAGAUUUACACCCAUUCUCCGCAAUAUUUUCAUUUCCCGGAUCUGCAGGGUUCUCUGCCUUAUUGCUCAUAACAUCAGGAAACCCUUCAUCAGAGUCAAAAUAUACAGUAUCAUUCUUUCUCUGCACAAAAACAACCCGCCUUCGAAUUGGCGUUCAGCGAACUAUCGGAAACUGGUGGAUGACGUGGUCAGGUACAUGACACCCUUGCCAGGACGGGUGCCACUCUCAGACGCUUACCUGCGAGCUCUGCUGGCUUUCGACGAUAAUACAGGAGUGGGAAACCUGGUGCAUCUCGUCCACAGAAUGAUGAACCAGCGUACCCGAGUCUAUACUAGUAUAGGCCGAAGGCUCGUAUACGAGAAGACAAUGGAGAUCCCCCAUCUCCUUUCAUCGUACGCAGUGAUCGCACAGUCUACCCUGAGAGUAGAGGCCCCUGCCUUCGUACCUGGCGUAGGACAUUGCAAGGACCGACCAGAGGUUAUGCAGCGUGAUGAGCAAGAGAUAACGGAACCACAACCCCAAGAUUUCGAAGGAGAAGAAGAAGGGGAAGAGGAUGUCACGGCGAAUGCUGAUACCGAGACCCGUGAUGCGUCGGAGACUUUGGAUGAGGCGGUGACGUUGCUUGCACCUGAUCUUGAUGAGUCGCUACGCACUAACGGACCAUCGGUGGAGGAGGAAGAGGCGGCUCGCAAAAUUCAGAACGCAUAUCGUUGUUACGCCAGACACCGCUCGAGUCGUGCAGUCAACGCCGAAAUUGAUGCGAUGUUCAUGACAUGCCUGAAGGAGACGCAAUCCCCUGAAUGGCUUCGGGGUUAUUACGGCUUCCUUUUCCUUGGACCGUUGCCUCACCUUCUGGUGUGCUUGGAACGAGGCAUUGCUCUGACUCGCGCUGCCAAAGCGAAGACGAAAGGCCUUUUCAACAAGGAGUCUCAUGAAAAGCUUGAGGAGUUGGGCAAGCAGAGAAGCGAGCUAGCAGCGCUCCUCAGGAAGGGAUUGAGAUUACGCAGACAACUAGAACCUUCCUCACCCGCUCAUCGUGACCAUGGCAUUGACGCACUGAAAUCUGGUGUUCUAGAGGUCGAUGAAUUCAUGCAGGGGGUUCCAGGCAAUAUGAAAGACAUGCAAUUCGACUUUCAAAUGGCCUAUAAAGGCAUUGUCGCAAAGAAGGUCCCUCUGAAAAAGGAGAAAGAGAAACCUGCUCUCAAUGUCGAGGAUAUGAACGACUGUUGAUUUCGUUUAUGUUGUGGAGUCCAUUUUGUCGGUGUAUCAUAUAUCAUAUUGUACAGUGCGUAUCUCCGUAAACCAAUGCCUGCGCGCGCGCGAGAACAAUAAACGAGCU